UUCAGUUAUUGGGUGGGAGGGCGUCUCUUCUAAUCAUAAGAGUACAGCUGCCGAUGUGCUGUGUACUGUAGUUGGUGGUGUUGCAGUCAGAAGUAGAAGAGAAAUGGCGAGCGGGAGAAGACGAAGACAAAGCAGGAAGAACCUGUUCAUCCUUCGAGGUUUGCCAGGAGUUGGAAAGAAAGCGACGGCAGAAAAUCUCUGUGUUAAAUAUGCAAGACAUGGAAUAGAAGGAGGAAUUUUCUCAGCUGACAAGUACCAUGCAAUGUCCAACUACGACUGUAGAUACUUUCAUUGCAACCAUCGGCGGAAUAGAGAGGAUGUUUUUAAAGCCUUGAACAGAGGUGUGGAUCCGAUCAUCGUUUACAACACAAACAUUUCUCUUUGGGAGAUGUGGCCCUAUGUCCACAUGGGGAUGCAACAGGGUGACUAUCACAUUACUAUAAUGGAGCUGCCUAAAGGCUAUCCUCGAAACGCUUUCUCCAUCAACAAGCUCUACAGUUGGUGUCGUGGUAAGAUACCCAAACAAAAGUUCAGGGACUUUCGGGAUCGCUGGGAAGAAGCUUACAACAUCUGGGAUGUACUUAACGACAGCUACUCCAUAAACUUCUGGGUGCAAAGUGAAGAGGAAUGGAACGUCGAGUGAUGAAGACAUGCUGCACUUCUCUUUUGUGUGAACAACUACUUUUUCUUAGCUUUUUUUAAAGAAAACACACAAACACACACACACACACACACACACAAACAAACAACUAAUGCCUUGCUGUUGUACUUGUCUUUCUUGCACUGACUCGUAAGUCGCGUCUGUUAAAUGACCAAAAUGUCAAAUGUAAAUGUUUACAUAGCCUAGUCACCCGUCUGUUGCUGACUCGCCAACUGCUACUGUCUUCGGUGUGACCAUAGGACUAUAGGAGUUGGCAAGAGCACAAACUGAUCUGGGACCAGGCUACAGUAGCCUAUACAGUACUUAAAUACAAACAAAUAUUCAAAUGUAUUGAAAAACUUAUAAGAAAUAGUUUUCCAAGGUAUUGACUGUAUUGAAAAACCAAGGCUUUUUCCAAAUACCCCGGUAUCGUGUAUAUACAGAUAUACGUUUCUUUUUAAUAAUGAUUGCAGCAUUAUACAGUACAGAAAAGUGGACUGUGCUGUAGGCUACUAGAUUUAAUUAAAACAGAGGUGAUGGAGGUACCAAACUACGAAGACAAACAUUUUCCUACUGUGCUAUUGCUAUUGCUAUUGCUAUUACACACAACAACUCUGCAGAAAGACACCUAUUGGUCUAAAAUUAGUUCCUUCUUUUCUGAUGUUUAAAAAUAUGUAAUUUACUUUUACUUUACUUAAAUAAAUAAAAAAUCUACAAGUUUGCA